AAAGGCGGAAACCCUUUUAAAAAUGCUUUUAACCAUGGUCUGUCUUCUAUAGAUGCACCUAGGGCUACCCCAUCUCUAAAGAAUCUCAGAAAAACAUAUAUAGCUAGGGCGAGGUUGAUAUUUAUCCAGUAUUUCUCGUUUUUACUUUCUCGCUCAUUCUACUUGUCUCGCUCGCUCUCUACAGUUUAAAUCGCGUUGUCAUCCCCAAGCUUUAACACAGUUUAUACGCAUUUUAUGUCAUGUCUAUAUUUAGGAAGAGACCAAAAAUAAAUAAUUCGAUGAUGUUGUAAUCAGUAAGUACACGUAAGUUUGUAUGUUACAGAUAUCACAAAAUUAUUUCAUGUUAUCAAUUCCUUACUCAUUUAUCGAAUGAUAAACAUAGCAGAUGGUAUAGAUAGAUACUCGCAGUUGUUGGUAAGCAUAAUAAAUUGUAAUUAUAUCAGACAGGGUAUGUAAAACUGAAGAUGUAGACUUAGGGACUUUUUAUUAGAUUUUAAACUUUACAUAUGUUUUUCGUUUGUGGUCAUAUUUUUCUUAAAAACAUUGAGCAGCGGUACUAUACCUACGACAUUGAAACUCACUUCGUAAAAGGCAUUUUACAAACGAUGUUCAUCCUAACAUCUACUUUCGGAGAUUAAAUACUUACAGCCUACCCCAUUUAGCGGUGACAGGUCAGUAAACCCAGAGAUUUGAUACCUCCGAAACUAAUUGAGUGCAAAGAACAUAAAGGGCGUGUAUCAGUUUACUAGCUGGCCAGUGCCGGCUAUAACCGUGACAGUUCCGCUGUUCCCCGACAAUAAACACAUUUCUUUAAGCCCCACGACCUCCCUUUCGGCUUUAUUCGGAAAGCCAUUCGACGGUUUUACGGCAGCCAUUCGUUUCGCAUUAUUGCUCUGUUAUUGGAUGGGAACCGCAUUUUGAAUUUUAAAUGUGUUAGAAAAUUAUAUAUUGCAAUGCAGCAACCCUUAUAUUAGUUUAAAAGCUGAGGUAACAAACAGCAGUAAGACCUGCAGACGAAUUUAAUUCGCUCUCGAAUUGGACUACAGGAGUCACAGGCUUGGACUGAGCAACUCAUACUUUGGUAUCACGUCACUUAAAUGUACAAUGAUUAUGCUUGUUUUAUUACACUGUACUGAUAAGUUUCAAGGUUGAGAUAUGAUGCAAUACCAACUAAAUAACAACAGGUAAUAUCUACAGGUGCUUCAUUGCUGAUAAACGAAUGUGAUUAUGUAAUGCAGGCAAGGCUUAUUAUUCUUGUCAUGUAGAUAUCGCAGGAACGUUGGGAUAUAAAACGAAUCUAAACAUUUAUUGGCAUUAUUUAGUGUGGCAUAAUACACAUUAGUUUUCUUCAUACAUUAUUUCUAACAGAACUGCAUAGAAAAGAAGAUAAACAACGGUAACCUACAAGAAACCAACCUGGCCUAGUAUUCUCAUCUUAUCGAUUUUUUAUGCUUUAUCAGUAAAUAGUAAAUGUGAAUGUGCAUUAUAAAAGGUACAAUUUUAUGUUAACAGAAAUAUUUCGCACAAUUGUAAUUUAUUGCGGUGUACAAACACCAAGGCCACCAGCACCAUAUUUUAUAAAACAAAGUGUAAAAACCCAGCGAAAAUUAAACAAAAUAGACAACCAGUAGGAGCUUGCAGUUGUAGAUACUCUUCUACUAACGAGUGAACUUAUUUCAAUAUUUACCUACUCAUCUAGGUACAGUGCGAGAAUUGCAGUCGGCGACACUUCAAUAAAAGUCACUUCUGUAACCGUUACUUACUAAAAUUGAAGUAAGAGACUCGAAAACCACUUAACGCUGAAACGUUGGCUUUCUCUGAGAGGAUUUCUAAUCCUCUAAGCAAUAAAUUCUUAGGAUAUUUGGGCGUUCACAAAGGGAAUCAAGAUGGCGUACUUAGCCAAGUACGUAUCGAGUGGAUCACGGAUGAUUGCACUUUGUCAAAGGGGGUACAGCUCGGCAGUUUCCCCUUUCGUUUUUUCUGAAGAGAUUCGCCAUGCAAAGUCAAAAGCCUUGCCGAUAGUCGCUCUCGAAUCUACAAUUAUCACACAUGGGAUGCCUUAUCCGCAAAAUUUGGAAACUGCGAAACAAGUCGAGAAUAUCAUCAGAGAUAGAGGCGCGAUACCAGCUACUGUAGCAAUUCUUAAAGGUCAGCUGACUGUGGGCCUCUCGGAUGAGCAGUUGUCGUACCUCGCUCAGGCUCAAGGAGUGGUGAAAGCAUCUCGACGGGAUCUAGCGCCCAUCAUGGCAGCUCAGCUAGACGGGGCCACCACCGUGGCCGGCACCAUCAUCGCAGCGAAACUCGCAGAUAUACCUGUCUUUGUGACUGGUGGGAUAGGUGGUGUGCACCGUCACGGCGAGAAAACAUUGGACAUUUCCGCGGAUCUGAACGAGCUCGGACGAAGCGACACCCUCGUCGUGUGCAGCGGCGUCAAAUCCAUUUUGGACAUCGGACGUACACUCGAGUACUUGGAAACACAAGGGGUAUGUGUGUGUGCGUUCGGCGACUCGUCGGAAUUCCCUGCGUUUUACACUCGCCGCUCCGGUCACCGCGCGCCGCACCGCGUCGCUGACGCCGCUCAAGCCGCACGCUUGCUACAUGCUGCACGCACACUACGCCUCUCGUCCGGCACAGUCGUAGCUGUGCCAAUACCAGAAAAAUACGCCAUGGACGAGAAAAUUAUAGAGGAGGCAAUUUCGGGAGCGCUGCAAGAAGCUGAAAACAAAGGGAUUUUUGGCAAAGAAGUGACGCCAUUCAUUCUGUCCGCAGUCGCUAAUGCCACCAGUGGGGCAUCACUCAAUGCCAACAUCGCCCUCAUAAAGAACAACGCGAAAGUCGGCGCCGAUAUUGCCGUUGAAUUUAAAAAACUGAAGAAUGUUGACAAUUUGGAGAAUGCGUUUAAUAUUGGGUCUGCGAAGGGCGUCGGGAAAUGUACGGGCGGUUCUGUGCGACAUUUCCACUCUUCGAGCAGAAGCCGCGCGGGGGCGCGCUGCGGAGAUGAUGACGGCCCAUUGUUCUCCGGAGACAAGAAUGCCGAGGGCGACGUGCUGGUGAUUGGCGGCGCCAACGUCGACCGCACUUACAGGUUGAAAGAAGAUCGUGUUCAGUUGGAUGGAAGCACGCACCCAUGUGGCACAGAGCAGUGCGGCGGUGGUGUGGCGCGGAACAUGGCUGAAGCUCUGUGGCGCCUGCGCGGAGGUCGCACGCGCCUGCUCACCGCCCUCGGAGACGAUGCCGAUGGGAAAUACCUAGACGGUAUUGCGCCAGGACUGCUACUAGAUGGUUGUGAAGUCAAAAAUGCUCGCACGCCGUCUUACGCAGCGGUGUUGGACGCUCGAGGAGAAUGCCUGCUUGGGCUCGGUGACAUGGUUCUACACAACCAUAUCUCACCAGAAAUGGUAAACAAGCACAUCGACGUUCUGAACCAGGCGCCCUUAGUGAUUCUCGAUGGCAAUCUACCUCAACCUACAAUCGACUUCGUUUUGGAUAAGUGUCAUCAGCUUCAGAAACCAGUAUUUUUCGAGCCGACGGAUAGAAGAAAGGCGAUUAAAAUUAUUCGUGACAAAUAUAGUAUUUCCUAUGCCUCACCAAAUUUGUCUGAACUACGAGCAAUGGCACAAUAUCUUGACCUGUCUAAAACUGCAGCAAUAAAAAAUAUUGGAGAUUUGAAUGAAAUUUUGGAACUGAGCUCAAUUGUUGCGGCUGUUAUAAAAUUCAUAGUCAUAACAAUGGGUUCUAAAGGAGUCAUGACUGUAAAUAACACCGAAAAUAAAUUCGUACAAAGGUUUUAUCCAACGGUAGCUAUAAGUAAAAUAGAAAAUGUUUCUGGAGCAGGAGAUUGUUUUGCAAGUGGCUUUAUUCAUGGAAUGCUUUUAGGUUUCAGUGAGCCACAGUGCAUCUCUGUAGGCUAUGAAGCUGCAAAGAUGGCACUACUCAGUAAAAACACAGUGCCAAAUGAUUUCGGUGUCACCUUAUCAUCACUGGUUAAAGUUAAUUAUGAUAAAUUAAAUUAAUAAUAAAAAAACUGAGUAAAAAGUUAGUUAUUAUAUUUGAUAGGCACUUCGGUAUACAAAUAUAUAUGAUGUAAGAUAUAUUACAUAUAUUAUAUGCUGUAAAUUCAGAUGUAUAUAUUAUAUACUUUUUAAGUUUUUUAAGUAAGUACCUCAAGUAUAAACUAUCUGAUAAUAAUCCAGCAAUUGGCAUUUGAUACAUUAUUAAUUGAUUAUUAGAUCUGAUUAGACUGUGAUAUUAACAAAAAUUGUUACUUACACAAAUAAAACCUACAUAUAAUGAAAAAAACACAGGUGAUCAAUUACAUUAAAAAUAACACUGUUACAAGAUUGAAGUCAUGAGGAAAUAAAAGUCAUUACAAACAAAUUGGCAACAUCUCUUUUUGGAAUUCACUGUUGUCACACUCUAUGUUAUAAAUAUUAUACAAUAGAGCCUGAAUAUUGAAAAAGUAUAUUACAUUAUCAUUAUUUUUUAAUGAUUUUACAUUGAAUCUCCAAUUUGAUUUAUGUCUGUAUUAUGUAUAUGAUCAAUAUAUUUUAUUCAAUUCAA